UAGCCUUUCCAUCUAAAGGCAAAGCUCUGGAGUACUGGAAGGAAUUUAGUCUAAUGAGGAAGUCCGUUACGGUUUUGUUAGUUGUUUAUUUAAUUACAAGUGCUGUAUCCCUGAUUAUAUCAUGGAACCUUUAUUCUCUUCAUCUCGUUCUCCGAGUUUUUCCCCUAUUCACUACUAUUGUCUUCCUACUAUCUUGUGUUUUCCUCUUCCCUGUCUUCCUCAAAGACUACAUGAAAAAAAGAAAUGAUUCUCAUUUCCAAACGGAGGAAGCCAAAAUCAAAAGAAUUUCCCAGCCAUACUUGAAAUUCACGAGAAAAGAUUUGGUUGAAGCAACAGCCAAUUUUAGCGACACAAAAGUAAUUGGAAGGGGCCGAUUUGGAACUGUUUAUAGAGGAAUCCUCGGCAAGGGCCAAACAGUAGCCAUAAAAAGAAUGGAAUUUUCAGAGGAUAGAGAAUGUUGUCUAAAGCAUUUUUUGUCAGAGCUGGAGAUUUUGGGUCGGCUUCGUCACAGAAAUCUUAUGAGAAUAUUGGGUUAUUUCUUCAACGGUCAAGAGAUGAUAAUAGUUACAAAAUUCAUGGCUAAUUUUAGCCUGGAUGUUCUGUUGCACGGGCCAUUGGAUUGCAGACUGGAUUGGACGCAAAGAUUGAAUAUAGCCGUUGGAGUUGCGCAUGGGUUGGCAUAUCUUCACCAUGAAUGCAGGGAUACAAUUGUGCACUGUGAUCUGAAACCUGCAAAUAUACUUGUUGAUGAACAUCUGGAAGCCCAUAUUGCUGACUUUGGCAUAGCCAGGAUUAUGAACAAUACUGUGCUCCCCCCAAGCUCUUUGGGUUCUUGCUUUACUAUUGGUUAUACAGCUCCGGAAAGAGCAUAUCAAAUGAGGUAUUUUCCAAAAGCAGAUAUAUACAGUUUUGGAGUUGUAUUGUUGGAAUUAAUAAGUGGUGUAAAACCAACAAGUUCAAUUUUAGUUGAGAAGGGAUUGACGCUUUCACAAUGGGCAAACACUGUAAGGGCAAAAACCAACAUGAUGGAGCUCAUUGAUGACUGCUUGAAAGAUAUUUAUAAUGAUAAACAAGUUUAUGAUGAUCUGGAGAAAGUUAUAAGAUUGGGAAUUAUUUGUACACAUGAAGAUCCAAAACUGAGACCUGAUAUGAAAGAUGUGGUUAAAGUUUUAAUGGACAUAAAGCAAGGAAUUAGGGAGUUCGAUAUACCAAUUUCUAUACUAGCAAAUCAAGAAUUUCAAUAUUACGAAACUUUCAAAAGAGCGCAUCAAAUGAGGCCUUCUCCAAAUGAAGAUAUAUACAGUUUUGGAGUUGGAUUGUUGGAACUCAUAAGUGGUGUAAAACCAACAAGCUCAAUUUUAGUUGAGAAGGGAUUGACCCUUUCACAAUGGGCAAACGUGGUAAAGGCUACAAACAACAUGAUGGAGUUCAUUGAUGAUUUCUUGAAAGUGUUCAGGUUGAUUGGGGUAGCUUGCCCUGAUGGAAUAGCUUACAGGAACAUAUCAGGUUGGACUCUUUCUAUCGAGACAACUCUGGCCGAUGAACUCGACUUCUCGGAUUUGGUAUCGGCUAUCAGGAGAGUUUGUUAUUUGCUACACCGAACUCCCGAUGUGUUAGCUGUCUUCUAG